AUGUCGAAAUCAACUGAAUUAUUUUGUCGUUUUCCUAGGUCGGUUGAGCUUAUACAAGACUUUGAGGAUAUAACUCCAAGUCCGAAAGCCCAGAACGAGUGCAGGUGUGCUCUUUAUUCUAGGAAUGGACAAGUGUUUGCUUACACACAACCAAGUGAAGUUGUAAUAUUAGAUACGUCAAGCCAAGCCAAAAUUUAUCAUCGUAUUGAUAUGCCUGACGUAUUUGAUUUAAGCCUCUCACCAAAGGGAACUUAUUUGUGUCUUUGGUGCAAGCCGGUGCUAUUGAACAAGGAGAAUGGUACUUGGAACAAGAACUUGAAAAUUUUCAAUAUCAAGUCAAAAGCAAUCGUCGCUGAGUGGAGUGCAAAGCACCAAAAUGGAUGGAAGCCCCAAUUUACUAGUGAGGAGACCUUGUUGAGUAGGGGUUUGAAUAACCGUGAGAUUCAAUUUUUCGAAUUAAAAGCUGAAAGUGAUGCUGAAAUCAAUAUGAGCCAACCUUCGUUCAAGUAUAAAUUGGAGGAUGCAAAGGGAACUUUCCAAAAUUUUCAAAUUUCGCCAGGUAAGAACCCUAGUGUUGCUGUAUUUAUUCCAGAGAAGUCAGGAAAACCUGCUAGCGUGCUCAUCUACAACAUCCCCAAUUUCAAUCAACCCGUUUGUUUUAAAAAUUUCUUCAAAGCGGAGAGAUGUUCAUUGAAAUGGAAUUCAUUGGGAACUGCAUUAUUAGCAUUAGCAUCAACUGAUCAUGAUACCUCAAACAAGUCGUACUAUGGAGAAACCAAUCUCUACUUGUUAGGUAUUGCAGGCUCUUAUAAUUCAAGAAUUGACUUGACAAAAGAAGGUCCCAUCCAUGAUAUUACUUGGUCACCUACUGCCCGUGAGUUUGCAGUUUCAUACGGUUAUAUGCCGUCAGAAACCACAUUUUUUGAUGCUCGAGGAAACGCUAUCCAUUCUUUACCCACGGCUUCGAGAAAUACCAUCUUGUAUUCACCUCAUGCCAAGUUUGUCUUGGUAGCUGGAUUUGGAAAUUUGCAAGGUACUGUUGAUGUUUAUGAUCGCCAGAAUAAAUUCUCCAAAGUUGUCUCAUUCGAGGCUUCAAACACCUCAGUUUGUGAAUGGUCACCAUGUGGACGUUUUAUAUUGACCGCCACUACGUCUCCAAGGUUGAGGGUUGACAAUGGUUUGAAAGUGUGGCAUGCGAGCGGAAAGCUAAUCUACUUAAAGGAGUUUUCUGAAUUAUAUUCCAUUGGAUGGAAGCCACAAGAAUUGUCGCAGUUUCCACCAUUAAAGACAUUGGAGCCAGCACCAGAGGCACAUGAAUCUGCAAAAGAAUUUACUGCUAAACGUGAGGCCAUAGCUAAUGCUGCAGCUAAGAAACCAGCUGGUGCUUAUCGUCCACCACAUGCACGUGGUAGUGUUUCACUGAGUUCAGCAUCGAGUUUGUACCAAAAGGAGCUUGAAAAUAACAUGAAAAAUGGUACACCACCACCGCCAGGUUUGUCAAGAAAUGGGGGCGGUAGAGGUAGAAUUGUACCUGGUGCUGCACCUGUUGUUGAGAAAGAAAGUAAAGCUGCAGCCAAGAAUAGAAAGAAAAGAGAGGCUAAAAAGACCAAAGAAGAUUCUCCUGCUCCAACUUUGUCUGCUGGUGGUAGUACUAAUGGCGAUGUGGCAGCAGCUGCUGCUGCUACAACUCCUGCAUCCACUUCAGCCAGUGCUGGUGUUAUUGGAGGAGUUGUUUCAGUAGAGGAGAAGAAAAUAAGAUCGUUAUUGAAAAAGUUGAGGGCGAUUGAACAAUUGAAGAUGAAACAAGCUAGUGGUGAGCCUUUGGAAGAUACCCAAGUGAUUAAGAUUUCAAAGGAGAAUGAAAUUAGGUCUGAAUUGCUGACGCUUGGAUGGUCCGAAUAG